AUCCCAACUACAUAGAGAGAGAGAGAGAGAGAGAGAGAGGGGUUCGGUUUGAAGGAAUUCCGUGGUUCUUACUUUGAACCAAUCCCUCUUUGACGGCUUCAGUGCGUAAGAGUGAGAAGAAUUGGUGGAGUGGAGGGGUUUAAAGCAAGCGUCGGUUGUCCAUUCCUGCCAUCGCGGCGGAGUGGAUCUUUGAUCUUGUAAAAGGUUGAGGUAGCAUAUGCAGAAUUUCUAACUGUUGUGGUUCAUCAGACAAGUAAAAUAUGCGGUGUUCCUGUUUUGGUGCUUUAUUCUCUCGGAAACGACAUCUUAUCGAUUCUGAAAAGAACCUAGAGGGGUUUUCAUCAGAAAACAAUCUAAGUCUUUUUUCUUACAUCGAGCUAAAGUCAGCAACAGAUAAUUUUCAUCCAAGCAACAAGAUAGGUCGGGGUGGUUUUGGAACAGUGUACAAGGGAAUUCUCAGGAAUGGAAUAAUUGUUGCAGUCAAGGUACUUUCUGCAGACUCACGGCAAGGGGUUAGGGAAUUUUUGACUGAGAUUGAUAUUAUAACAAACAUCAAACAUUCAAACCUUGUUGAGCUGAUUGGUUGCUGUGUCGAAGGCAGUAAUCGCAUUUUGGUUUAUGAGUACUUGGAAAACGGAAGUCUUGAUCGUGCAUUACUAGGUAACUGUCAUAUCUUUGCAGGAUUUAUGAUAAAAUCAGCACAAGCAACUACUACUGUUAAAUUCUUUCGCCUUUCAGGUUCAAACAGUGAUGCAGGUAGGCUGAACUGGUACAUCAGAUCUGCAAUUUGUAUGAGCAUAGCCAGGGGUCUCAUGUAUCUUCACGAGGAGCUUCAACCACCAGUUGUGCACAGAGACAUAAAAGCUAGCAAUAUUCUCCUUGACAGGAAUUUUCUCCCUAAAAUUGGAGACUUUGGUGUGGCUAAGCUUUUUCCUGAUGAUAUUACUCACAUCAGCACACGUGUAGCUGGAACAACGGGUUAUUUGGCACCUGAGUACGCUUUGAAAGGCCAGCUAACUAAGAAAGCAGACAUAUAUAGUUUCGGAGUCCUUGUUCUUGAAAUAAUCAGUGGCAGAAGUAAUUCCAAAUCAUGGUCAGAAAGGGGGAUACCACUCUUGGAAUGGACAUGGACGCUUCUUGAGGAAGAAAGGCUAACUGAGCUGGUAGAUGCAGCCCUGAAGGAUUAUCCAGAAGACCAAGUGAUAAGAUACAUUAAAGUGGCCCUUUUCUGCACACAAGCAGCAGCAGGACGGAGGCCAUCCAUGUCCCAAGUUGUGGAGAUGCUGUCCAGGCCGGUGCUAAUUAAUAACCAGGAAAUUACGCGGCCUGGCUACAUGGAAGACUCCGGAAAAAGUAGCAGAGGUACGAGAGCAACGAAUUCCACUUUCUCCCGGUCAAAGGAUUCAACAAGCGGCGACACGACCACCCCAUUCUCCCUGACUCAUGAUACCUUCACGGAAAUGUCUCCAAGAUGACUGUUUUUUGCACAUAACAAGUUAUAUAUAUAAGGCUAACAUGCCAUCACUGACCGCCACGCAAAAGAUAAAAGUGAAUUAUAACAGAAGCUGACCCUGUCACUUGGAUCAAAAAUGAAACCACAGAAGAUUAAAAGAAAA